AUAAUUUAUUAUACACAAUAGUCAAUAAAUUAGAACACGAAAUUAAAAUUUUCCUGAAGAGCAAUAAUUUCUCCACACGGUCCUUAUUCCUUAGCCCGUAAGAAGAGAAAAGGGCACAAAUCAAGAAAUCCCCAAAAUAAAUAUCACCAAGGUGUAAUGAAGGAAAAGUUCUCCCAACCAAUUUUGCUGUCCCAACUAUCGCUGCUGUUCUUGUUCUUGAUCUUGAUCCCAUCAAUGGCGGAUAGUUCGUCUCCAUCUGAGGCCCAAGUUCACAUAGUUUACACCGAAAGACCUGAAGGCCUCGAGUCUGAAGAGUAUCACAUCAAAACCCUCGCAUCUGUUCUUGGCAGUGAGGAUGCUGCAAAGGAUGCCUUGUUAUAUAGCUACAAGCAUGCUGCAAGUGGGUUCUCUGCUAAACUGACUCCCGAUCAGGUUUCUCAGAUCUCCAUAUAUUUCUGUUUCGUUAAUCGAGCACGGCUGAAUUGCCGAGUCAUUUGCAAAUUACAAGCUGUCGAACGAACAACCAGGCGUUCUUCAGGUCGUCAAAAGCGAAACUCUCCAGCUUCAUUCGGGACCUGGGAAGAUGCAAGUUUGAAGAAAGGGGAUUGAUGUCUUUUCGCUAUAAGUUGUUUUGCUUACGAUCGACCCAUCUUAUGCAAUAUCAGAUACCUAAUACUAUACCAACCACCCAUCUUAUGUAAUAUCCCACACAUUAAAUAAAUGGCAUCUUAUAAGUUUUACUCAGUACUCACUCUUUGUUAAACCUGUCAAUGAAGUUCUUUACUACUACAUGGAUUGGAUACAUUUGUGUGGAUAUCACCUUAAUAUUCUUAUACUUAACAAGAUUAGUCUUUUUUGUAGGCCCAAGAUUUUAAAUUUGGUGUACUUAGGCUUGAAGUGAUUAUGGAUUGUGUUAAUCUGGCUAUUUUAUUGGGUCG